GGCUUUACGCGACGGGGCGGUCCACGGAGGCUCCUCCCUGGAUGGCCGGCCGCGUCCGGGCCCCUUGGGAAGAGGGCUGGCUGGAGUGAGUGGGUCUGUUGACAGCUGCUGACAGCUGACAGGCACAGGGGGGGCCGAGAAGUGGCAGCGUCCUCAGUCCUCGGGUCCGUGAUCCUGGCAGCCUUCGGGUUUUGGCUGAACGGAAAAGGACGCGCCUGCGUUUUGGUUCGCCGCUGCCAGGAAGGACUGCGUGGUGUUCUGGGGCCGGUGGGCCCGGAGCGCCAACCGCGUUUCCCCUUUCCCGCCGAUCUCCCAUUUCCGCGGACCCGGCUGCCCCCGCCUCUUGCGCGACGUUCCCUGGCCCCGCUGCCUGCCGGGGGCGCCGGAGGCCGGAGUCCCGGGGCCUGGACGGGUCUGCGCACCCUGCGUUGGUGGAUGAGUGGCCCGGGCGGCGGGGCCUGAGCAGGGCCCGGGACCCGCAGAGCCAGCUGCUGGCAGGAUGGACGCCCUGGAGGAGGCGAUGGGGGCCAAUGGGAGCACAGCCCCUCCCGCGCCGAUGGCACCCAACAUCAGUGUGCCACACCGCUGUCUGCUGCUGCUCUAUGAGGAUAUUGGCACCUCCAGGGUCCGGUACUGGGACCUCCUGCUGCUUGUCCCCAACGUGCUGUUCUUCAGCUUCCUGCUUUGGAAGCUUCCGUUCGCUCGAGCCAAGAUCCGCAUCACCUCCAGCCCCAUUUUUAUCACCUUCUAUAUCCUGGUGUUCGUGGUGGCGCUGGUGGGCAUCGCCCGGGCCGUGGUGUCCAUGACCGUCAGCACCUCGGACGCGGCCACUGUUGCUGAUAAGAUCCUGUGGGAGAUUACCCGCUUCUUCCUGUUGGCCAUCGAGCUGAGUGUGGUCAUCCUGGGCCUUGCCUUUGGCCACCUGGAGAGCAAGUCAAGCAUCAAGCGGGUGCUGGCCAUCACCACGGUGCUGUCCCUAGCCUACUCUGUCACCCAGGGGACGCUGGAGAUCUUGUACCCUGAUGCCCACCUGUCGGCUGAGGACUUCAACAUCUACGGCCACGGGGGCCGCCAGUUCUGGCUGGUCAGCUCCUGCUUCUUCUUCCUGGUCUACUCUCUGGUGGUCAUUCUCCCCAAGACCCCGCUGAAGGAGCGCAUCUCCCUGCCUUCCCGGAGGAGUUUCUACGUGUACGCAGGCAUCCUGGCGCUGCUCAACUUGCUGCAGGGGCUGGGAAGCGCGCUGCUCGGCGCCAACAUCAUGGAGGGGCUCUGCUGUGUCGAUGCCACCACAUUUCUCUACUUCAGCUUCUUUGCGCCCCUCAUCUACGUGGCCUUCCUCCGGGGCUUCUUUGGCUCGGAGCCCAAGAUCCUCUUCUCCUAUAAAUGCCAAGUAGAUGAGACCGAGGAACCGGAUGUGCACCUGCCCCAGCCCUACGCAGUGGCCCGGCGCGAGGGGCUGGAGGCAGUGGGGGCCGCCAGUACCCAGUUCGACUCCGCUGGGGGGAUGGCCUACCUGGACGACGUCGCCUCCAUGCCCUGCCACACUGGUAGCAUCAACAGCACGGACAGCGAGCGCUGGAAGGCUAUCAAUGCCUGAGUGUGGCCACAGGGCAGACCAGAGACAAGGCCAGGGCGUGCAAAGUCCAUGGGGCAGGGGGACGAGCCUGCAGGAACUUGCAUGGGCGGUAGCCCCGUGCAGGCUCUGUCCAGCCCUCUGCGUGCCCACUUGCCUUUGGUCACCUCUGUUCUAGCUAGGGGGCCACCUCCCCCUACCACCUGCCCUCACCCUGCUCGGCGACGUGGCCUAGCCUCCGAUCUCCCAGGGCCUGCCGAGGGCAUCUCCUUUCUCCAAAGCCUGUGCACCCGUCACCGGUCUGGCCUUCCUCAGCCCUCUGCCCCCUCUCCAUGGCACUUUGGCCUCAGAGCCCAUUCUGGCGGGCAGGCUGAAGCGUGUAUAUUUUCUUGAGCUAUUUUUUAAUAAAAAACAAAAGGAGCAGAA